AUGCAGAGAUCAGUAGAGCUCUUCUUGAUAGGAGAGCUGGGGAAAAAGGCGAGCAGUGGAAAGAAAUGGAAUCGGGUUUACCAGGUUUCUUUGUCGUUGGUUUUUGUUUUGUGGGGACUUGUCUUGCUUUUGAGCUUGUGGAUCAGUCGUGGUGAUGGUUAUAGAGAUGGAUCUGCAGGACUUGCAGGUGGAAUAUCAACUUGGCAUGAACCUAAAAUAGAACACAAUAAACAUUCUGGUAUUGUGGAUAAACAUCCAUCACAAGAAAUUGGUUCUAAUCAUUCCAAAGAGGGGUCAUGCCCAAGUGUUGCCAAGACCGAAAAACCCAGAUACCAGUUUCAUGCUGCUGAAGGGGACACAAAUUCUGUGUCUGCUGUUAUGCAACCUGAGGUGGAUAUGUCCAAUUUGGCUCUGAAAUCUGGGGACAGUUUUACAAAGACUGAUUGAAUUUCUUGGGCUGUUCCAGUUGGUCUUGAUGAAUUCAAGAGCAGAGCAUUUAGCUCUAAAAGUAAAUCUGGAACUGGUCAUCAUGGAGGAGUAAAACAUAGACUGGAGCCUGGGGGUACUGAGUACAAUUAUGCUUCAGCUUCAAAAGGAGCGAAGGUCUUGGCUUAUAACAAGGAAGCAAAAGGAGCUGCAAAUAUCCUAAGCAGAGAUAAGGAUAAGUAUCUUAGGAACCCAUGUUCUGCAGAAGAGAAGUUUGUUGUUAUAGAACUUUCAGAAGAAACGUUAGUGGAAUCAUUUGAAAUAGCCAAUUUUGAGCACCACUCUUCUAAUUUGAAAGAAUUCGAGCUUCUUGGCAGUUUAGUUUAUCCGACUCAUACAUGGAUCAAUCUUGGCAAAGGGAAUUUUACUGCUGCAAAUGUGAAGCUUGCGCGGAGAUUUCCUCUUGAAGAGCCAAAAUGGGUUAGAUAUCUGAAAUUGAACCUUCUGAGCCAUUAUGGCUCAGAAUUUUACUGUACAUUGAGUGUUAUUGAAGUUUAUGGAGUGGAUGCUAUUGAACGAACACUGGAGGAUUUGAUCUCUGUUCAAGAUGAUGUGUUUGUACCUGAUGAAGGGACUGCUCACCGUAAACCGCCAUCCUCUCCACAAGAGUCCUUGCAGAGUGAUGAUCUCUAUCAAAAUCUAUACAAAGAACUGGAAUCUGACUCUUCGGGAGAAAACUUAGAUGUGAAGCGUGAAAUAAAGAAAAAUACUGUGCCUGAUCCAGUUGAAGAAAUUCACCAUCAAGUUGGCAGGUUGCCUGCAGAUACUGUUCUUAAAAUACUGAUGCAGAAAGUACGUUCGCUGGACUUAAAUUUAUCUGUUUUGGAACGAUACCUGGAAGAAUUAAAUUUAAGAUAUAGUGAUAUAUUUAAAGAGUAUGACGAAGAUAUAGGAGGGACAGACAGACUUUUGGAGAAGAUCAGAUCAGACAUAAGGAAUCUUUUUGAAAGCCAAGAGGCCAUUGCUAAACAUAUUGAUGAUCUUAGUUCUUGGAAAUACCUUGUUUCCAUGCAAUUGUAAACUUUACUUAGAGACA